CUGGUUCGCAGCAGCCUGUUUUCAACAACGCCCUUACCCCUGUUCUCUGUCAUUCCUCGGAAUAUUCCAAAUGUGUAUUUGUUGAAUAUCUACACCUUGGACCGUCGGAGAAUGAUAUUCUCUGGGAGGCCUCAGCCUCAGUAUCCCUUGACCUGACUCAAGCCUCUCGUUUAUAGUCACAGCCAGACUUCAUCCAUUUGCUUUAAAAAUGAGAGAACUAGACGCGCUCAUCUCAGAGUAUCGCCAUGAAAAGAAACGCCCACGUGAGGAGGAGGCGCUUUUCAUCUUGCGCAAAGUUGCCUCCUUGGUCAAACCCAUAAUGCGCCAACGCGCGUGGAGAGUUGGCGCAUUAUGCGAGUUCUAUCCCACGCAGAAAAAUCUCUUGGGUUUGAAUGUCAACCAUGGUCAGAAGAUAUGUCUGAGAUUACGAUACGCUUCAGAUCAGCGGCAAUUUCUGCCUAUCGAACAGGUCGUGGAUACGAUGCUGCACGAACUGUGUCACAUUGUGCAUGGACCACAUGACCGACAGUUUCAUGCCCUUUGGAACCAGCUUCGAGAUGAGCAUGAGGAGCUCGUCAUGAAAGGCUACACUGGCGAAGGCUUCCUAUCCCAAGGAAAGCGCCUCGGCGGGAGCAGAAUACCACUCGACGAAGCCCGCCGCCGGGCUCGCGCGGCUGCUGAACAGCGAAAGACCUUGGCCAAGAACUCCGGCAAACGACUCGGCGGUGCUCCCGUUCUUCGCGGUACAGACAUGCGCAGGCUUCGCGCAGAUGCUGCUCAACGCCGUAUCGAGGUUACCAGUGGAUGUGCCUCGGGGACCGCUCAUAGCGCAGGACUUGCAGAGGAAGCGUCUAGGAAUGGAUUCAGAACGAAGGCGGAAGAGGAGGAUGCUAAUGAACAGGCUAUCCUGCAGGCCUUCAUUGAAUUGAUCCAAGAGGAGGAAAGAGAAAAAUACGGAGAGUCGUAUAUCCCUCCGAGUCAAGAGAAUCCUGCUGGCCCAAGAACGGGCGAACGGCCAGAUAUUGACUUCAGUGGGCCGGUGGAAAACUUACAACCGGGCCUACCCCCAGAGCAGAUGCCCGAAACGUCAAGUUCCGCUGCAGACAACAGCUCGUACGAUUCGUCAUGGACAUGUACGACUUGUACCCUCGAAAACCCACCCAAUUUCCUAUGCUGCGACGUAUGUGCGGCUGAACGGCCUGUCCCGUCAGUUGAAAAGCCUACUAUCACGUCACGACAGCACACCCCAGCUGUCCCUUCAAGACCAGAGCCUGAAAGAUCGAGAAAACGAGUUUUGCAAGUCGACGAAGCCGAAGAAAGGGAUGAAGCUCCGCCCAGGGGUGGCUUCGCUUUCAAAAACCGAACCCGUGCUUUGGAUUCGCUUGCUUCAAUUCACCGAGAUACUAGUAAACGACCAUUGGGCUGGCUUUGUGAUCAGUGUGGGAGUUUUAUGGAGAGCCAGUGGUGGACUUGUUCUUGUUGUGGAAAAAUGAAGCUGUCAUCUUGACCCAGCCACGCUUGCACUUUUUUAAAGGGUAAUAGAAGUUUUCAUGAGAACCACGACGUUCAUGAUCUGAAAAAUGAUUAGCCUAUCCUUUGUU